ACCAGAGAGGAGUGGAGAAGAGUAGCUUACAACUUGGAAGACUGAGCGGUAAGAAUAGAUUCCACGAUGUCUACGUUUGAGGUGCACGGACAGUCUCCUCCUCGGUGUGGCCCACAGUUCCCCAGCCUCGGCCAGGAGCCCCCUGAGCUCAGCAUGUACAGUGACUGUUACUACCCUCCUCCCUCGCUGCCGAGUCCGCAGCGCACCACUCCGACCACCUACGACCUGAGCGACUACGCCACCUCCUCCCCGAACCCUUACCUGUGGUUCAACGGCUCCGGGAUCAACACGCCGCCGUACCUGGCUACCACCGGGCCGCCCGGUAACCCGGGCCCCCCCUUUGUCCCUCAGCACUAUGGAAUGCAGAGGCCUUACCUGGGUCCCGCCGGAGCUGGUGGUCCGGGAGGGGAGCUGAGCUGGUUCUCUCUCCCCUCGCAAGAAGACCUGAUGAAGCUGGUCAGGCCACCAUACUCCUACUCCGCUCUCAUCGCCAUGGCUAUCCACGGAGCACCGGACCGGAGGCUGACAUUGAGUCAGAUCUAUCAGUAUGUGGCCGACAACUUCCCUUUCUACAACAAGAGCAAAGCAGGCUGGCAGAACUCCAUCAGACACAACCUGUCACUCAACGACUGCUUCAAAAAAGUACCAAGAGACGAGGAUGAUCCAGGCAAGGGCAACUACUGGACACUCGACCCAAACUGUGAAAAGAUGUUUGACAACGGAAACUUCCGUCGCAAAAGGAAGAGGAAGUCCGAUUCCCUCUCCGGCGCUGACGGCGGCUCAGGGGCUCCGGAGUCAUGUGACAGUGAGAGAGGGAGCCCCAAGGACUCAACUGGCCUGAACAUCUCUCCCACGCCAGACAGGAUCCCCUCCCCUUCAUCGUCAGGCCCCGCUCCUUGUCUCAGCAGCUUCUUGUCCGAGAUGUCCGGCGUGACAGUCGGAGCAGCCGGGGAGGUGGGAGGCGACGGGCUGAGCAGGCCGCUGCAGAUCAACCUGGAUGGGCCUCACAGAACCACGCAACCUGUAGGCUUUGGUAGCUACUCCCCCAACUCAGGUGGCCCAGAGUGGGGACCACAUGGGCCAGCUCCCCCUGUGCUCUCCUCUUCACCCACCCACUCCUCCCUCGGCUAUGCCAGCCCCAUCCUCAGCCAGUACAGUGGGUCCGGUGGGCAUUUCUACCCUACGCUGGGCUCGACAGGAAUCAUCUAUCACCGGGAGGGCACAGAGGUUUAAUGAGACAUUAAGGGGGGUUUGGGUUGAAAAGACUCUUGACAGGAAAUUUUACCCCUCUGGUCACUUUUGUCAGAGAGAGAUUGGGUUCUGAAAGACAACACACAAACACACACACACACACACACACACACACACAAACACACAUGCACAGAUUGCGCUGACUGAGACAGUUGAGAUCCCUGUAGCGUGUGACAGCGGAGUAAGAAAAGGCUUCGACUCCCACAGAAACAGCUGAGUCAGCUACUACGGGUGUCCCUCCCUGAAACCGCAGUCAGCCCCACUAUCAGAUCCUCAGUCAGCUUUUACUCAAUCUAAAGCCGGUCUCUAUCAGAUCUGACUCAUUAAUAACAGAUCCUGGAUUUGAUCUGCUGACACCAGGUCAUUCCACACUGCUAUCUGUGAUUCUUUGAUGGUAUCACCCAUACAACGCUCAGACAGCACAUUUAGAGGAGUAGUUAAUUACACCAUUGUCUGUGUGUAGGAAUUAACAGAAGGUAAAAAGUAGAUGUUGUUUUUUUUUUGUAGUACUAAAGCUUAAAUAAUCUGAUGUCUGUUCGGGGUUAUUGUACGUUGUAAAUAUGUCAAUGUGUUGUGUAACGUUAUACAUUUAUAUUGUUGGUUUGUUGGUACAACUGUUAUUGUAUACAAUUGAUUCCUAAUGUAUGGUAUAUGCUGUAUGUGUUUUGCUUUUGAUAUGAAUAAAAGG